GCUGCCCUGGUCGAUGUCACCACAGCUCUGGAGACAGAGUCCACCAACGGAAAGGAACCCCUGGAAGCUGCAGGGGACAACUCUGAAGCCUUGGAUGCUCAGGCAGGCUCGGUGGAUGAAGAGAACGGACGGCAGCUUGGAGAGAUAGAGCUGCAGUGUGGAAUCUGCACAAAGUGGUUCACAGCAGACACGUUUGGCAUCGACACCACAUCAUGUCUGCCUUUCAUGACCAACUACAGUUUCCAUUGCAAUGUUUGCCAUCACAGCGGGAACACGUAUUUCUUAAGAAAACAAGCCAACCUCAAGGAAAUGUGCCUUAGUGCUCUGGCCAACUUAACGUGGCAGUCGAGGACGCAAGAUGAGCACCCGAAAACUAUGUUCUCAAAAGAUAAGGAUAUUAUCCCAUUUAUUGAUAAAUACUGGGAGUGCAUGACAACACGACAGAGACCUGGGAAAAUGACUUGGCCUAACAAUAUUGUCAAAACUAUGUGUAAAGAAAGAGAUGUGUUCUUGGUGAAAGAGCAUCCAGACCCAGGGAGUAAAGACCCAGAAGAAGAUUACCCCAAGUUUGGACUUGUGGACCAAGAUCUUGCCAAUAUUGGUCCUGCAUAUGACAACCAGAAACAGAACAAUGCUGUAUCCACGAGCGGAAACUUAAACGGGGGAAUGGCGGCAGGAGGCAGUGGGAAGGGACGGGGAGCCAAGCGCAAGCAGCAGGACGGAGGGACCACGGGAACGGCGAAGAAAACCAGAAGUGACCCCUUGUUUUCUGCUCAGCGCUUGCCGCCCCAUGGUUACCCUUUGGAACACCCCUUUAAUAAAGAUGGAUAUCGUUACAUCUUGGCUGAGCCUGACCCCCACGCACCAGACCCAGAGAAGCUGGAGCUCGACUGUUGGGCAGGAAAGCCUAUUCCUGGGGACCUCUACAGAGCCUGCCUGUAUGAACGAGUCCUCCUAGCGCUGCACGACCGAGCUCCUCAGUUGAAGAUUUCUGAUGACAGGCUGACCGUCAUUGGCGAGAAGGGCUAUUCGAUGGUACGAGCCUCGCAUGGAGUGCGGAAAGGAGCGUGGUACUUUGAAAUAUCCAUGGAUGAGAUGCCUCCAGAUACAGCGGCCAGAUUAGGCUGGUCACAGCCGUUAGGGAACCUCCAGGCGCCUCUGGGAUACGACAAGUUCAGUUACUCCUGGCGCAGCAAAAAGGGAACAAAGUUUCACCAGUCGAUAGGGAAACACUAUUCGUCUGGCUAUGGACAGGGCGAUGUGCUGGGAUUUUACAUCAGUCUUCCAGAAGAUACCGAGACUGCCAAGUCACUGCCUGACACUUACAAAGAUAAGGCGUUGAUCAAAUUCAAAAGCUACUUGUACUUUGAAGAGAAGGACUUUGUGGACAAAGCGGAGAAGAGCCUGAAGCAAGCACCCGGCAGCCAGAUAAUAUUCUUCAAGAAUGGUGCCAGCCAAGGAGUUGCCUUUAAAGACAUCUUCGAAGGAGUUUAUUUUCCUGCUAUUUCCUUGUACAAAGGCUGCACGGUCUCCAUAAACUUUGGGCCAUUUUUCAAGUAUCCACCUAGAGAUAUCACUUACCGUCCGAUGAGCGACAUGGGCUGGGGUGCUGUUGUGGAGCACACGCUGGCAGAUGUACUCUACCACGUGGAGACGGAAGUGGAUGGCAGACGAAGCCCACCCUGGGAGCCAUAACUGGAGCAGGCGGCGCGGCAUAAACAAAAGGACACA